ACCAAGUUGGAAAUUCCAUAAUCGAAAUUGAAAAUUUGAAUAAUAGACUGACUGAACUUUCUUCUAAUACUACUUCUGAUAGGUAUAGAGCAAGAUAUCGAGCACUUAGAGAUACCCAUAGAAAUCUUAUAUCAAGCUAUAACGGUCUACGCUUUCGGUUGAACUAUUCACAGUCAGAGGUUACUCGGCUUCAAGGUCUAGAAACUGUCGAACAAGCCCAGGCUUUAGCAAGGGAUGUUGAAAGACUUCGGAGGAAUUUCAGCACACUUUUUAGGCAGCUUCAGAAGAGGA